AUGGAUGAGCAACAAAGGAUUAGCAUUGUUGGUUCUUCCUCCAACUCUUGUUCCAAAAAUCAUGAUAUUUUUCUAAGCUUUCGAGGUGAAGACACCCGUUGGAACUUCACAAGCCAUCUAUAUGAAGCUUUGAAUAAAGAGAAAGUCAAAACUUAUAUAGACGACCAACUUGAAAAGGGAGAUGAAAUCUCACCAGCGCUCACCAAAGCUAUCAAAGAUUCUCGUGUAUCUAUUGUCAUAUUCUCAAAGAACUAUGCUUCCUUAAAGUGGUGCUUGGGUGAACUCAGUCAGAUUCUGGAGUGCAGAAAAAAAAGGGGACAGAUUGUGAUUCAUGUGUUCUACAUGGCAUAUCCAUCCGAUGUGAGGAAACAAACCGGAAGCUACGAGGAAGCCUUUGUAAAACAUGAGGGAGACCGCAUGUGCAAACAAUGGAAAGAUGACCUAACUAAAGCUGUCAAUUUAGCUAGGUAUCACUCUGAAAAUUACAGGUAA